AUGGGUGCAAGAGACGAACCCAAAAUUAUCGUUGCGGUCCUUCUCUACACGGAUCAGAUAUCUCAACUUUGGCGACUACAGCGCACAUUACUCUCUGACGAAGGUAUUGACGCCCUGGCCGAUAGAGAAGUUCUUGCCGAGGAUGUCAGGGAGAGAAUUCGACACGCGAAAGCCAUGUUUAAACCAGUACGAAUUUCUCUGGAUCACCCUGCUCGAAAUUACCCCUCAGGGACUCGUCUACCAUUCUUGAGUGAAGGUUCGCCCAAGAGCGGAUCAUUCGGGACGGUGUCAAAGGUAGAAGUGCACCCAGAGUACCUGGGCGACGACGUCAAAGCGCUGAUCAGGGAGUACGCCGGAACACAAUCGGCAUCACCCGCAACAGAUCAAAAAUUCUUCAUUGCACGAAAAAUGAUCCAAGGGACGAGGGGGCAGGCACUUGAGCAUUCUGUUCAGAUGGAGCGGGACUUUCUCGACGUCAUCCGUCAGCAAAGAGAAGGCAAAGAGAAUCUGAUAGAUUUGAUUGCCUUCUACACGUUUGGAGACGAGAUCAACAUGCUUUUCCCUUACGUGGAAUUGAACCUCCAUGAUUUACUCUAUCAGGGUCAAUUCCCACGAGAAUAUACCCGCAAUCAGUUUCCUGACGACUGGAUCAGCUCGGGGAUUAGAGGUAUGGCUCAAGGUCUAUGCACGAUUCACCAUCCGCUGGUGCUGGAUAAUGACAGGGAGGUUGUCGGAUUCCACUUCGACCUCAAACCUAGGAACGUGCUCAUUACUUGCGACGGAACCUUUAAGAUUACUGACUUUGGCCAAGCACUCAUCAAAGUCGUCCACAUUGGCACCGAGCAGUACGGUGGAGAGGGCUAUCGUGGGGGGGAUCCAGAAUAUGCUCCUCCUGAGUCGAUGCCUUCUCGUCAACUCGUUGAAUCUCGACAUGUGAGCUAUACCGCUUCCACCUCCAACGGCCAUGCAGGCGCUCGUGACCUCUUCAAGUACGACAUCUGGUCUCUAGCUUGUAUCAUGGUCCAAUUAUAUACCUAUGUAUGCCUGGGCGAAGUCGAUGCGGUGACAAAGUUCGACGAGGAUCGCAGCAUGCACGCCCCCGGAAGCGAAGUUGCCCCGUAUCACGUCGACGGGGGGGAAGGACCAGCCCUCAAUCCCGCGGUUGCGACGCAACUUGGCAAGAUUCUGGCUUACAGCUUGACCGUCGAAUCACCAGCUUUGCACACAUAUAUGAAAGAGGUUGUGACGACCAUGUCGCAGAUGCUGGAUAUCAAUCCCCCCGACCGUCCUACAUCCGGUGAAGUCGCAGACCGUCUUACCGUGCUUUUGAAUGAUUAUCUGGCUACGAGUAGAGACCCCAGCGGUGUGCUUCUGGCCGCUAACAAUGACGACCUCCGGGAUAUCCCUGAGGGGUAUGUCGAGGUUGCUAUGGAUACGAAUGGUACCUCUUUCGUGUGGCUGGAAGGAGUCCACAUUGCGACCCCAGAUUCCCUUCCGCAUGCGGGACCCCCAUGCAGGUUGAGGCUGUUUCACCAGAGGGGUGGAUUUUGGAUAAAAAUCUGGUUUGAACGCGUCCCAGGCGCCGCCAGACCGGAUACUCUCUCCAAAAGGCUACCUGAAGGGGAAGUUCGCUUGCUCCAUUCAGCGCUCCUCGAUGGCGGAAAUCGCGGCCACUGUCGAAUUAAGAGGCUGGGCGCUGACGGGAUCGAGACAGAUUUGUCCUUUGAAAACGGACUGCUGGAUUUUCGCGCCGCCAUCAUCCAGUAUACUCCGCGAUCCUUCGGAAUCAUCGGCGGUGGCGGCGGGCCCGACGACGAGAUGCGGCAGUGUUACAGCCUGAGACACCCUGUCACCGUCUCGGCGCGACGUGAUUUCCCGGAAGGGCUUUCGCAAAUCCGGAAUGGUAUCGUGGCGACUUCGGUUCAGAAAUGGAAAGGACGGCGCUUUACGUACGUCGACGGAAGAUAUGGCCCUCAGCGUGACGUGGGGCUCCGACUCAUGAUCUUCUUCCAAGACCCGCCUGCGGUCCUGCAAAUCCCGCUGAGGUCGCGCCUGGGCAGAGUCGAGGUUGAACGCCACGGUGCCACCACCGUGAUCACCUUCCGCGGUCUCUCGAAUCAGAGGUUCUUCACACAUGUGGAAAAGCUCGAGACCGCGGAUGAUGGUCGUCAUCUACUGUUGCCGAUCGGAUCGGCACAUUACCCGCUGGGCAAUGCCUACAGGCAGGGUGACAAUAAUACUGUGAACGUGAAACUUGUGACCGAACACGAAGAAGUCGUGUCAGACAUUGCAGCCCUCAUCCAAGAGGCCCGGGAUAGCGGGGAGAUGAUAUCCUGGAGCGAUCCCAAUGUUGGCCCACGACGUGUCUCGAACCGAAGCCGCAGUUCCACAAGCCACAGCUAG